AUACCGCACGCACAGUUUGCUGUUGCAACAGUCGAAGAACAAACGGUGGCUGUGUAGAUAUCGGGUGUUUCACAUUCUCGGAAACGUAUUAUAAUUUGGUGAUUUAAAUUUUCCAACAAUGAAUUAAAGGUUUGGCAAGAGUGAUAAAUUGCAAUAAUGUUGACCACCGAGUUUGUUCAGUUGGUCCUGCUUUUUGGCUCCGGUUCCGUGUUUUUCUUGUUCGUAGUGCUAGGAAUAAUUUUGAAAGUCACAACUACGGCCUUUCCAAAAAUUAUUCGCUUCAAGGAUGAACAGUUUUAUACGGACCCCACCAGCGGGGAAAACCUGCCCUUCCCAUCGCUCGCUGACGAACCAACGUUGAAACUAAGCGUUAUCAUCCCUGCCUUUGACGAGGAAAAAAGACUGCCCAUAAUGUUAGACGAGUGUCUGGAAUAUCUCGACGAACGGUCGCGUAAAGAGAAAGAUUUUACUUAUGAAGUGAUCGUCGUCAGCGAUGGAAGCCGCGACCGAACGGUGGACGUAGCGCUGGAAUAUGUUAAACGGCACGGUACAGAAAAGGUGCGUGUCUUGGCACUGGUGCAAAAUCGUGGCAAAGGAGGUGCCGUACGGAUGGGUAUGUUGAGCAGCCGUGGCGAGUUUUUGCUGUUCGCCGACGCAGACGGUGCCACAAAGUUUACCGAUUACGGCAAGCUCGAGCGAAGUAUCGCACAGCUGUGCGGUAACGACUGGCACCGGGAUGCACUGGCCAUCGGUUCGCGGGCCCAUCUGGAGGAGGAAGCGACAGCCAAGCGGACGUUCUUUCGUACGAUCCUGAUGCAUGGGUUUCAUUUUCUCGUGUGGACGUUCGCGGUGAAACGAGUACGUGACACGCAGUGCGGCUUCAAGCUGGUGACGCGUUCGGCCGCCCGCAAGCUCUUCCAGGUGAUGCACGUUGAACGGUGGGCGUUCGACGUGGAGCUACUGUUUAUCGCCCAGUCGUACAACAUUCCGAUCGAGGAAAUCGCCGUCAACUGGACAGAGAUCGAGGGUUCCAAGUUGACCCCGUUCUGGUCGUGGCUGCAGAUGGGGCGAGAUCUGAUGCUGAUUUGGUUCCGGUACGCCAUCGGGGCCUGGCAGUUGCGCAAAGAGCAUUCGAAUUAGGUAGCAACCAUCCCGGUACCAGUUACUGGCCGAUAGUUUAAAGCAUUUUCUUUCUUUUCGUUUAGGAUAGGAUUCUGAGAAAGAGCUAUUUUAUUAUAAGUAAACUGGAUGUGUCCAAUAAAAACAAAAAAAGCUUAUGCCCGCUUGGAUACUGCA